AUGGAAGCGUCUCGCACGCGCCCCGGGGGCCUCAUGCUGCCUAGUCCCGUGGAUUCGGUCGAGUCACUCGCCUCCUCCAGCUCCAGCAUAAGGUCGAGCUCCUCUGGCUCUCCAGCGGGCGUCAACAACGGCGAGCCGGAGCGCCCGGGAAACGUCAUGAUAACACUCUCACUCACCCCCGAUCCACCUCGCUCGACGCCGACGUCCACGCCGAGUCGUCCGCCCUUCCCCCGCUCGCACAUCCGGUCGCGCUCCCUCGCCGACGACCCCGGUGUCCCCGUCAUGAUCCGCGCACAUUCCUCGCCCGGCCUGGACUCGCGGGGGAGAUAUAUCUUCGUCAACGGGCGCGGCUCGCCGGCGAAUGUGAACUUGGGCGAGAAUACACCCAAGCGGUAUCUGCCUCUACAACUGACGACCGCGGCCCCCGACUCGUUCGAGCCGAGGAUGCACCACCGCAAGAACAUCUCCGAGACGAUAUCUGAAUACGCGGAGCUAGACACGUCGGGCUCGUCGUCAUCUUCUAUUUCAGCCUCAGACUUCCACCUGACCUCGCCGGUCCUGUCCCAUUCUACGCCGCGGAUUGGUCGUCGCCGCCCCUCGUCCCCGCUACACGUCCCCCAGACACCCACGAGCAAUGCCGCAGGCAGCCCGCUGUCCUCUGCAAAUUCCUCACCCGUCAUCCUCAACUCCCGGUUUAACGAGUCCUUCCCCAGCUACUCGGUCUCAGCGUCGUCUGCCUCCUCCAUGCCCUCGACCCCGACCAGCCUCCGCUCUCGCAGCCCCAGUAUCUCCUCCCUCGAGACAAUCCCAGACAUCCCCGACGCCGAAGCAGAAGCCAUAGAAGCAGACCGCAUCGCCGCUCUAAAGGCAGCAGCAGACAGGGCAGACGAGACAGACGCCAACAACGCGAACCGCCGCCGCGGCAUUUCCGACAUGUCCGGCCCAUCCUCCUUUACAAGCUCGCGCUCUAGCCGGAAACGGUGGAGUGUAUGCGGGGCAGAGCGUCGUCAGGAUCUAGAUCUCGAGACUAUAUGGGAGGACUGA